AUGGUGAAGUUUGCAUUAAGGUUAAAGGCUGAAUUAGAAGGAGUAACUGAUUUGAAACCCGUUGAUGAACCAGAAUCUCCUUUUGAAUAUACUUUUAUCAUUGAGUGUACCAAUUGUCGUGAAGAACAUGCCAAACCUGUGAACAUCAAUCGAUUCGAAAGUCAUGAUAUUACAGGUUCAAGAGGUGAAGCAAGUUUCGUCUUUAGAUGCAAAAUGUGUAAGUCAGAACAUUCCUCAUCAAUAGUGAGAACUGAUGAUUCUUAUUCUCCAGAAAGUGAAGGGAAAUUUGUCGAUAUUUUGAUUAUUGACGCUAGAGGAAUGGAAUUCAAGAAAUUCAUACCCGAAGGAUUAUUCCAAUGUAAAGGAGCUGAUUCAAAAGCAAAGUUCACUGAAGUUGAUUUAAGUGAAGGUGAAUGGUACGAUUAUGACGAUGAUGCUGGUGCUGAAGUCAGUAUCACUAAUGUAGAAUGGUCUUUAAAUCGAUUCUAA